AAAUAUCUGCAAAAGAACAGAACUCUUCAAAAUGGUUUGCCUACAGCGAGAAUAAAGGAAAUUGUAACGGCAAGAUGAUUGCCAAGCCAAAUUGCUGUGAUUUUACUACUAAAGAAGGACCGAUGCCUCUGUGCCAUCAGUCGUAGAGUGACGGCCAUUGCUGUAACAUCACUAAUCUGAGGCGUGAACAUUAGGACCACUUUAAUGGCUCGUUUGUCCUAUAUGCGGAUAAAAUAUCUCUUCUUAUCAUGGCUGGCUGUAUUUAUUGGCAGCUGGGUUAUAUAUGUCCGGUACAAUUCCUACACGGAGCUCUGCAGGGGACAUGAUUGUAAAUCAACUAUAUGUGAUAAAUAUAGGAAAGGUAUUAUUGAUGGAUCUGCGUGCGAAGGACUCUGUGCUAAAGAGACACUCUAUUUUGGAAAAUGUUUGUCUACAAAACCCAACAACCAGCUGUAUUUAGGAAUGUGGGGGAACCUAGAAAGCGUUAUAAAAUGUCAGAUGGAAGAUGUCCUACGACUUGAUUUUGGAGCUGAACUAGAGCCAAGGAAAGAGAUUGUGUUAUUCGAUAAACCAACAAGAGGCACAACGGUGCAGAAGUUCAAAGAAAUGGUGUACAGCCUGUUCAAAACUAAAUUGGGUGAUCAAGGUAAUCUUCGAGAUCUAGUAAAUCUGAUCCUGAAUGCAGCGGAUGGAAAUAAAGAUGGCCACGUGUCACUUCCUGAGGCCAAGUCAGCAUGGGCACUAUUACAGCUCAAUGAGUUCUUGUUGAUGGUGAUCUUGCAAGAUAAGGAACACACACCAAAACUCCUGGGAUUUUGUGGGGAUCUUUAUAUAACUGAGCGAGUACCAUACACAUAUCUGUAUGGAAUAAGCCUGCCAUGGGUAUUUGAAGUAUUUAUUCCUGUUGGACUAAGAAAACGUAUGGACCAAUGGUUCACUCCAUCUUGGCCAAGGAAAGCCAAGAUAGUUAUAGGUCUUCUGGAAUUUGUGGAAGACAUUUUCCAUGGGCCUUAUGGAAACUUUUUCAUGUGUGAUGUAAGUGCCAACAACUUUGGAUAUAACAAUAAAUAUGACUUGAAAAUGGUGGACAUGAGAAAAAUAGUACCAGAAAUUAGCUUGAAGGACUUUAUAAAAGACAGGCCAUGUGAGUCUGAUAAUGACUGUGUUUAUGGUACAGACUGCCGUACAUCGUGCGACCAAAGUAAAAAGAGGUGCACAGCUGAUAUAACCCAACCAAAUUUGGCAAAAGUCUGCCUUCUAGUGAAGGACUAUCUACUGCGUGGAACUCCUUCUGAAAUUCGAGAAGAGUUGGAGAAGCAGCUUUAUUCUUGCAUUGCCCUCAGAAUUGCAGCCAAGCAGAUGGAAAUGGAACAUUCAUUAAUAUUAAACAAUUUAAAAGCUCUUUUAUGGAAGAAAAUAUCUCAUACUAAUGACUCGUAAGAACAUGCAUUUAACGGAGAGGGACCUUGGCACUUUUGUGGCAAAAACAAAGAAAGGUUUGGUUUUUGUGUGUUCUAAAGAAUUUUAUUUUCCUUACCAUCAUGGCAUUUCUCAAACCACAAGACAGAACAGUAUUUUACACUUAAAUCAACAGUGUCACUUUGUGAAAUCUCACUAGUGUAAAUUUCCACAGUCAAUGUGUCAUUUUACAUGAAGGAUUCCUGUGUCCUCACAUAUUCUAGCUCUUCACAGACUGGACAAACAAAAAUGUCGUAGGGACUUAAACAGCAAGAAUUGAGGAGAGAUCUCAGCUGAACAAAAUAAAAAGUAUUGCUCUUCUAGAUUCUUCUAAAUUCUCCACAUUUGCUGUUUUCAGGAAUUUACAAUGAUGUGAAAUUGCCUCAUAUUCUUCUUUUGGUGUAGUUGAAAACAUUGGCCAAAUGACCACUCAUGACAUAGUGUGGUUUAAUAGAAGCUGCUCUUUUAAAGGCAUUCUAGAACACUUCAAGAUAAAGUUUACUGAUACUUAGCAUGGAAAUUUUGCACAUUGUUGUUCAGAGAACCACUAAUAUGAACAUUAAAGUUGUAGAAUUGUUGCCUACAUGGUUCAGAUGCUUUUUAAAUUCUAUUUCACUUAAUAUAUAUAUUUUUUUCAUUGACAAGGAAAAUUUGGAAACUCUUGUGUAUUGAUAAUGUCCUUCCUCCUCUAAGAAUGAGCUGUGCCUCUGUGUUAUCUGCUUGUAUCUAUAGAAAAGUCUGAGGUUUUUCUCGAUAUGGUCAGUUAAAUGGUUCUCUACAGGAUUUUUCAGUAACGUGAGAACUCAACGUGAAUUUGAAAUUUCUGGUCAAAAUAGCCAAACUAGAAAACUUCCAUGAAAUCUGAAAUUCACUUUGGAUUUUUACUUUCGUGAAUAACCCUGUAUACUGUGAAUUAUAAUUUUUUUCUUUGUCAUGUAAGCUCCACCGUGAUUCUAAACCCACCCAUGGUGAUGGCGACCAUCAUACACCAUUUAUUUGCUGUACAAAUCUAUGCUGUACCGAUCUUAUCAUAAACAAAAAUAAUGAGAA